GGCUUCUGUGAGUCGACUCGUCUACUCGGUCAUAAUCACCUCUCUCAUUUCUGCAACAACUUUUCUCUCUCCUUGAUCUCUUUCUCCCAAUCAAACCAAAGCGAAUUUUCCUCCCCAUCUUUUCUCAUUCCAUCUUCAUUUUGAAUCAUUUCAUUAUUACCUGAGUUAGGGUUUGUACAUGUCUGUAACUCUGAGCUACGAUUCUCUACGAGAUUCGAUUCAUUUAUGAAAUCCAUACAGAAGAUUGCUUAGUAUAUGAUGGGGAACUCACAACCCCGUAUAGGUGGUGGUAAGAAUAAUGGGUUCUUGGAAUCAGUUACAGCUGCAAUCUGGAAAACUCAGCCUCAAGAUGCGCCUUGUCCUAAUGAAUCCAAUAUGAAGCGAGUACCAAGCAUGGGACUAAAAAUCGAAUCCGUUCUACAGAGGAAAACGGAAAAUAUGAAGGAACUUUAUACAUUAGGAAGAAAACUUGGACAAGGUCAAUUCGGGACGACAUUUCUUUGUGUUGAGAAAGCUAGUGGUAAUGAAUGUGCUUGUAAGACAAUAUCUAAACGAAAGCUAACUACAGAAGAGGAUGUGGAAGAUGUUAGAAGGGAGAUUCAAAUAAUGCAUCAUUUGGCUGGUCAUUCAAAUAUUAUAUCGAUUGUAGGUGCUUAUGAAGACGCGGUUUCUGUUAAUCUUGUUAUGGAGCUAUGUGCUGGUGGAGAACUUUUCGAUAGGAUUAUACAGAGAGGACAUUAUACGGAGAGGAAGGCGUCUGAGUUAGCUAAGAUAAUUGUUGGUGUUGUUGAGACUUGUCACUCUUUAGGGGUUAUACACAGGGAUUUGAAGCCUGAGAACUUUCUUUUUGUUAAUCAACAAGAGGAGUCUCCACUUAAAACCAUUGAUUUUGGACUCUCAAUAUUUUUUAGACCAGGUGAAACCUACAAGGAUGUGGUUGGAAGCCCUUACUAUGUGGCUCCGGAAGUUCUUCUCAAAAACUAUGGUCAGGAAUGUGAUGUUUGGAGUGCCGGAGUUAUGAUUUAUAUCUUAUUGAGUGGGGUCCCCCCAUUUUGGGACGAAACGGAGCAAGGAAUUUUUGAGCAGGUUAUAAAAGGUGAACUUGACUUCGUAUCAGAUCCUUGGCCUAGUAUAUCUGAUGGUGCCAAAGAUCUAGUUAGAAAAAUGCUUGUGAGAGACCCCAAAAAGAGAUUGACUGCCCACGAAGUUCUUUGCCACCCUUGGAUUCAGGUUGAUGGGUUAGCUCCUGACAAACCUCUAGAUUCAGCAGUAUUAUCUCGCCUGAAGCAAUUCUCUGCCAUGAACAAACUGAAGAAGAUAGCCAUCAGAGUUAUUGCUGAGAGUCUGUCUGAGGAGGAAAUUGCAGGAUUAAGACAGAUGUUCAAGAUGAUAGAUUCAGAUAACAGUGGACAAAUUUCGCUUGAAGAAUUGAAAAAAGGAUUAGAGAGAGUUGGGGCCAAUAUUAAGGAUUCAGAAAUCCACAAUCUAAUGGAAGCGGCUGAUGUUGAUAACAGUGGCACUAUAGACUAUGGAGAAUUCAUUGCUGCAAUGAUUCAUCUGAACAAGAUUGAGAGGGAAGAUCAUUUAUUUGCAGCAUUUUCAUACUUUGAUAAAGAUGGAAGUGGAUACAUCACACAAGAUGAACUCCAACAGGCCUGCGAUCAAUAUGGUCUCAAAGAUAUUCGCAUCGAAGAUAUUAUCCAUGAAGUUGAUCAGGACAAUGAUGGUCGGAUUGAUUAUAACGAAUUCGUCGCCAUGAUGCAAGACUCUAGUUUUGGCAUGAUGAAGCCUUCACAUGAAAAAGACAUUACAGAAUUGAGCCUUGAUGAUGAUGAUGAUGAAAAAUUCACUGAUGAGACUUUAGGAUCAAUGAAGAAGAAAGAAACAUGAGUUUUAGUUCUAGUCAAAUUCGCUCGCGAUCGGAAGAUCAAACUGGAAGAGACGGAAUAAGUGGUUCGACACAUUUUGGCGAUUGCAUGUUUACUUAUCUAGUUAAAAUAUUAGAAUGUUCUUAAGCUAUUUUCUUUGUAAAAUGGUACUAUUUUUUCUUAACAUACAAUUUGUGAAUGAAAUUUUGUGAUAAUAUUUACAUAUUAUUUUCUUUU